GGCUCUGAUCUUCCGAAGAGUUGGAACUUUGGUCUGAUUCUUUCCUUUCGCUUCGUCUACGACUUUCACCUUGUCAAGAUUGCCUGAUUCCGAGACCAUGUCCUCUCAGGUUGAGAUGUUCAUCAAGGCCCUUUCGCGCCUUCUAGGAUGGAUCUAUACGAUAUGUUGGUCUGCAUCCUUCUAUCCUCAACCGAUCACCAACUUCCAGCGAAGUUCAACCUUUGGGUUAGCUAUUGACUUCCCGACCAUCAACGUUCUGGGAUAUAUCUGCUACACCGGGUAUACAGCGGCCUUUCUUUACUCUCCGGCGAUUCAUCGGCAGUAUGCCGCUCGCUACCCCAGGUCUGAAGAGUCGACCGUCCGCUUCAAUGACUUUGUCUUUGCUGUCCACGCCGUCAUCCUAAGCAUUAUUACCUACACCCAAUUUUGGCCCAUAGUAUGGGGGUUUAAUGUUUCGCGCUUCCAGCGAGUUAGUAAGCCGGUCGCUGGAAUGUUUUGGGGUUGUGUUGUGGCGGUUACUAUUUUAAUCUUCAUUGUCCUGGGGCAGAGCCCCGAUGGGGGCUAUGAUCCAUCGACCUGGGCAUGGAUCGACGUCGUAUACAGCCUAUCAUAUGUGAAAUUGCUGGUCACGAUCACGAAAUACGUGCCUCAGGCCUGGGUAAACUAUAAGCGGAAAUCCACCCAAGGUUGGCAUAUCGGACAAAUCCUUUUGGACUUAGCGGGCGGGAUGCUAUCUCUCAUCCAACUGUUCAUCGACUCGAGUUUCCAAGAUGAUUGGAGCGGCAUCACCGGCAACCCCGUCAAGCUUCUUCUAUCGAAUGUCUCGAUCCUUUUUGACUUUCUCUUCAUGGUUCAGCACUACAUUCUCUAUAGAGAUGCGGACGACCAUGUAGACAAGUACCCAGGGCCGGACGUUACUACCCCUUUAUUGUCCGAGUCUAAUGGUGUACCGAGAGCGGAAGAUGCAUGAGAGGGCUUCGCUAUGAUAGAUGAUGGAAGACACACUGCGUGAUAAAUUGGUAGAACUAUAUAGGUCUUUCUUGGUAUACUGGUGGUUCUGCUAGAGUCGAAAGGCUGAGUCAUGAUAAAAGUCCAAAGGAUUCCCUGACGACUGCAGGAUC